AUGCGCAAUGUACGAGGGAAUGAAAAAGGACCUGCAACUAUCUCAGCCUUGAUCAUGUCUACUCCUAGUACUCCUAGUUCACCACGUCGCCGCGCGCCUCAAUACGACCCCCCACCAACUCGAAAGGUCCUCCUCUACCUCAUCGCCUUUCGUCUGGUCAACGCUUUCGUCCUUCGGACCUUUUUCCAACCCGAUGAAUACUUCCAGUCACUGGAACCAGCUUGGCAGACCGCGUUCGGUCAGGACCAAGGGGCCUGGGUGACAUGGGAAUGGCGACACCAACUACGAUCCUCUCUACAUCCUCUCUUCUUCGCCGCUCUUUAUAAAGCCGCUGAUUUCUUCGCCUCCGCUCUCGACGUCUCCCCCGCCGCGCGCGCCGAGCUUCUGAUUGCCGCUCCGAAGAUAGCGCAAGCCGUUGUGGCGGCAAUCGGCGAUUUCUACACUUGGAAGCUCGCUAUUCGCGUCUAUGGAAACGAUUCCCGUGGAUCAUGGGCAACGCUGGCCGCGACAGUCCUGAAUCCUUGGCAAUGGUUCUGCUCGACUAGGACGCUGUCAAACUGUGCGGAGACGACGAUUACCAUUGUUGCCCUAGAGCUAUGGCCAUGGAAAUGGUCGGUAGCCUCUACAACCGACGGUAGCCGUGACAAGGGCACUGGCAGUCAAAAGAGAGGCACGGAUUCUGAUCGGAGGGUGGUAUCUCGCCUUCAUCGAUGUCUGCCGCUGGCGGCGCUCGCGUGCAUCUUGCGGCCGACUAAUCUCCUCAUUUGGAUAACUUUGGCCAGUUUUGCUUGGCUUCGGACUUCUUGGGCCCAGCGCAGAGUCCUAAUUGGUGACGCUGUGGUUUGCGGGUCGGCAGUCCUCGCAGUAUCUUCCAUCGCGGACCGUCUGUUCUAUGGAUUCUGGACGUUCCCGCCGCUCAGGUUCUUGUACUUCAAUAUCGCGCAGUCACUGGCUGUCUUCUAUGGCAGUAAUGACUGGCACUACUACAUCUCACAGGGCUAUCCGCUCUUACUCACCACGCUGUUGCCUUUUGCAGUUUGGGGCUUAUACCGAACCUUGACUACGCACUCCCAGGUGGGUGACAGAGUACAGGUGGCAAUCCGAGUGCAAUUGGCGACAGUCUGCCUCGUAAUGCCAUUAGUCCUCUCUUUGAUCUCACACAAGGAGGUGCGCUUCAUUUACCCACUGUUGCCCUCUCUGCACAUCCUAGCCGCGCCGCCUUUGGUGCAAUAUUUCUACCCAGCCUUCAAUCCGCUGGCAUACCCACGUGAAACCCCGCGCAGAUUGAUUCUCAUUUUUGCCGUGCUCGUGAACGUGUUUAUUGCGGUGUACACCACUGUCUACCAUGCAUCAGGACCCCUUAGUGUUCUCUCCUACCUCCGCGUUCAACACAACGUCCACUCGGCACCAACAAACAAAGCAUCAAACACAGUCUCCGAGACCGGCAUCACUGCAGGCUUCUUGAUGCCUUGCCACAGUACUCCCUGGCGUUCCCACCUAGUCUACCCAUCAAUAAACGCCUGGGCCCUCUCCUGCGAGCCACCAAUCGACCUCAACGCAACCCAAAAAGCCCUAUACCUCGACGAAGCCGACCAAUUCUACAACGACCCAUCCCAAUUCCUGCACCAGAACAUGGCCGGUGGACUACGCCAUCUUCCCCGAAGACCCAGCUACUCCACCCCCGCCUACUCCCACUUAUCCAAGCCCCCCAACCAACCCGCCCAACACGAAUGGCCCGACUACCUCAUCUUCUUCGCCCAACUCGAACCAACCCUCCGUCCCCUCCUCCGCGGCUCCUCCUACGGCGAAUGCUGGCGCACCUUCAACACUGCCUGGCACGACGACUGGCGCCGUCGCGGCGACAUCGUAGUCUGGUGUCUCGACACCUCCGAGCAAGACUCCUGGCGCUCUGAGACCCAGCGCCGAGUGCAGCAAUCUCGCGACAGGCAAUUUGAUCGGAUUGUCGAAUCCUUCAAGAAAGAGGCUCACGUCCCCACGCGCGGAUGGAACGCCCUCGUCUCUUCUAUGCCUUGGUCUUCGACUCCUUCGACCUCGACGCUGCAGUCGUGGCAACGCUCGGUGCAGUCGUUUUUCGCCCCGGCACCGAAAUCGUCCAUUUACUGGCCUUGGCGGCGCCGCUCGCGUUGGGAGAAUUUCCUGGCUAGGCUGUCGCCGAGGAAAACAAGUUGGGUCCCUUCUUGGGUUGGGGAUUGGGUUCCUGGGUGGUUGCAGGGUCGUAAGAGGCGGCCUACGGAAGCGGAGCUUUGGUCUUGA